AUGGUCUCGGGGCUUCGACUUCGUUCCACGUUACGAACCCUCAACAACGCACACCCGCUGCAGCUCGUGAUUUUCCCCUGCCACCACCACCACGAUUACCACAACCGUCGUCGCGGGUAUGCCACGACGCAGCAGGAAGCCAGACGGCGAGCCGUCACUCUGUUCAACGAUGACGGCAACGUUCCCUGGACGGAGCUAUCAGCCGGCGAGAAGACGGCGCGGGCGGCGCAACAGACGUUCAACUUUGGCAUGGUCAUUCUGGGCGUUGCGCUGACGGGUGGCGUUGGAUACGUGCUCUACUCCGAGGUUUUCUCGCCCGACAGCAAGACGACCUACUUCAACCGGGCGGUAGACCGGAUCCGCAAGGACCCCCGAUGCGUGGAGCUGCUGGGCGACGGCAAGAAGAUCACGGCGUUUGGCGAGGAGACGUACAACAAGUGGCGGCGGGCCAGGCCAAUUGCGUCGACGGUUACGAAGGAUGGGCAGGGAAAUGAGCACAUGAUGAUCAAUUUCAACGUCCAAGGUCCGAAAGGCGCAGGAAGGGUCAACAUGCACCUCAUCAAACGCGCUGGUGAGCACGAGUACCAAUACAAGUACUUUUUCGUCGAUGUCAGGGGCCAUCAGAGGAUAUACCUCGAGAAUGCCGAUGCGUCGCGCGCACAGUCGACAGAGAAAAAAGGCUUCAAGCUGUUUGGCGUCAAUUGGGGUUAA